AAACAGCAAUAGGACAACGCUAAAACAACACUGCUUGCAGCUGGGCGCACGCUCAGUUGCACUUUCUUCUACUCUACGGCCAUGGCUCAGGCUCAGGCCUACCACCAACCAUUUGUGCAGGCCAACAAGGGCACCCUGAUGCCUGGCCAGGCCAUUACCGUCAACAAAUACACUGUCCAGAUCGAACGCUACCUCAGCCAAGGUGGAUUCGCCCAUGUUUAUCUUGUUAGGACGGCCACACCUGUACUUAACACGACACAUCAUGUCCUCAAGCGAAUAGCAGUUCCCAAUGAGGCUAUGCUUGCAGAAGUAAAGAAAGAAGUGGACAUAAUGAGGAUACUCAAAGGCCAUCCCAAUAUUGUCUGCCUCAUAGAUGCAGCUUGGCAUCGGAUGGCGAACGGAACAUACGAAGUCUUCAUCUUAAUGGAGUUCUGUCCUGGUGGCGGCAUCAUUGACAUGAUGAAUCGUCGUCUUCGCGAACGGCUUACCGAGCAGGAGAUCCUAACAAUUUUCGUCGACGUGUGUGAAGGUUUGGCUGCUAUGCACGCUCUGAAACCUCCGCUUCUGCACAGAGAUUUGAAAGUCGAGAACAUACUGCAGGCCUCGGAAACCUCUUUCAAGCUCUGCGAUUUUGGUAGUGCUACACCAGUGCAAAAGGUUCCUAGCAACACCCAGGAGAUUCGCAUGCUUGAAGCUGACUUGAACCGCCAUACGACGCUUCAAUACCGAGCUCCAGAAAUGGUGGAUGUGUAUCUCAGGAGACCGAUCGACGAGAAGAGCGACGUAUGGGCUUUGGGCGUCCUGUUGUACAAGUUGUGCUAUUACACAACUCCUUUCGAAGAACAUGGUCCUCUGGCGAUUUUGAAUGUUCAGUAUAAGAUCCCGCCAUAUCCUGUGUAUUCCCAACAGAUGAACUCCUUAAUUGCCUCCAUGCUUCGGGAGCAUGGUACGCAGCGUCCAAGCGUAUUUGAGGUUCUCAAUCACGUCCAUACAUUGCGUGGUACCAAAUCGCGCUGUUCCUACCAGCUACCGUCCAAGCAACCGCCUCUCUCUCCGCGUGCUCUUGCUCCUGGGCCUCUUCAGGCACUUUCUCCAAACGUUAUGUCACCUCCAUCUCCAAGAACCAAUCCGCUUGACGAUUUAGUAUUUUAUAAAUCACGUCAACCAUCUCUAUCGCCCGCCAGGAACGCGGGUGUAGAAGCUAGGGAAAAGGUGCUUGAUGCAAUUGCUCCUAUGCGUCGUGGGAGGCCUGCGUCCGCUGUCAUAUCAACGCCUCCAUCUAGUCCUAGAAAGGAGAGGAACGUAGCACCUCUCGGUACCCAUAUGAAGUUUGGCACAGAUGGUGAUCGGGCAUGGCACGGUGUCCGAGGGCACAAGUCUGGUAUGGCGACUUUCGGUGGUGGUGCGAACUUGAACGCAAGCAAUCAUGAUGCUUGGGGACUCAGUGGACGGGAGAAAGAUCGGGAUCAGAGAGAUGGGAAAUCCGAGGAGAAAGCCAAAGGUUUCGAUAACGAUUUUGCCUCAUUUGGGAGAGGAUUUGGGGAUUCAUUUCAACCUGCAAAGUCUCCUUUGCCCCCUCCAUCACCGAAGAUCCCCCAGUCUCAGAACCAAAGCCAUCCUCAAACGCAGCCAACGUCCAUUCCUCGACCCACCCCGUCUCCGUCAAAGCCAGCCCCAUCUCCUCAUCCGCAGUCUAAGGAUGCUUUUGAAGGUCUUGGACUUACUUCUCCGCCGCCUCCGCCAACUCUUGGUGAAGCGCGUCGUGUUCGAACUGGCGUUGCCACUCUAGGUGCGCCAGCAAGUUCUGAUGCUUCAAACAGGUCAGGCAGAUCUGCGAGCAAUUAUCUCAAUGCGCCAUCCACUGGUCAAGUUCUAGGAAUUGGCACAAGUAAUACCACGUAUCGCCCUCCAAGCUCGCAUUCUCCCAUGCCCUCUGCUUCUUCCAAACCCGCCCGCUCCGCCUCGCCUCAAGUUGAGGCCUGGAAGCCACAUGGUAAUCUAUCUGCGAGCUCAUCGCGGAGUUUCGGGGAGAUGUCAGUGGAAGAGCGUUUCCCCUCGUUAGAGGAUCUUGACCGGGAAUUUACAUCGCCAUUGGUCACCCCGCAUGGCAAGGAGAAAUCAAUACACGUACCCUCACAACCAUCUUCAACGGAGCGCAUAGGCGAGAAGCACUUACCUGCGAGGCCGCUUUCACGAGGUCCGGGAGGUGGCCUUCGUACUGGAAACCUACCAGGCAUAAACGGUACUACCGCUGGUACAACUCCGGCCACUAGCAGUAAUAGGUUUAACGGAGUGAAGUCUCAACAAGUCACUGGCGCGGCUAUGCGGGAGUCUCGUAUGGCUAGUUCCAGGCAACCGACAGCCAAUUAUUCACAGGGCGACUAUCUUUCGGGUGGCAGAGAUGUGCCGACUUCGCCGUCGAGACCUCAGUUGACGAGGAGACACCGCAGUUCUAUCUCGAUAAAACCCACUCAACGUGCGCCUCCGCCUGAAGCGACCCUCAUUUCAACUUCGGCUCAAUUGUCCCCGCCUGCUCUUCCUCCUAGACCUUCCGCCAGUCCACGUCAGGAAUCGCGCGAUUGGCUUACCGGCGCUUCGGAUGAUGAAGCUUCGAGUAAAUCUCAGCCUGUGUUGAGGGAGAGUCCAAGUAAACGCGCCUCUUUCAUUGAGAAGAGUCCUGUCAUGAUACAGAAACCGCUUGAAGCCGUCACUGGUUCUCAAGACUGGCCUACUAGUCAGGAUUUAGAGAAACAGAUUGAGCAGCAACGCGAGAAGGAACGUAUGAAGGAGCAAGAGAGGGCGAAGGAGCGCGAACGCCAGCGACAUCGUGAACAUGAACGCGAACGCGACCGUGUGAAAGAGCUGGAACAUCAGAAGGGACGAGAGAAGAAUAGGUCGCGCGCCGCUUCUACGAAAUCAACGAAAGCUUUUGUUACUCGGACUGGGACUGGGACGCAACCUUCUGACCGUAGCUUGCAACUGCCUCGUGUGGAUACAAACGCAGCUCAACGCAGCAGUGCUGGCUCUUCUCCUAGUGGUCUAACUAGUAAUUGGAGUCCUAUAGAGUCGACUUCUAGGCCUCCUUCCCCUGCUAAACGCGGUUCCACUUCUUCAUCUUCCGACGAUGGUCCUGAGGAUCUCAAUGGCUUCGUACCGAAAGGCGGCAUUCGACAGAAGGUCAAAGAGCAUGAUGAAGUGCGAAAGGGCCACAUCACCACUACGCCGCUUAAAGAAGAACCUGCUCGACGACGGAGAAGCAAAGGCAGACAAAGUUCCGUGCAUGACCUGGUCGACCUUUGGGGAGGUGGUGUUGACAAAGAUGCCAAGGUUCCACGAUCCACAUCGCCUGACAAGAGGAGUAUGAUUAUCAUGCCAUCUUCUACAAGUAAACCACGUUCUUCGUCUCCUCAGCCAUUGAUAUCUACAGCUACUUCUGACGAAUCUCCUCUUGCAACGACGACAAGUCGCUUCAUGCCGCCUAGACCUCCUUCAAGCCAACAACAUCGCAGAGCACCAUCUACCAAGCCUACGCCUAAUGCUCGCGCUCUCCCAGCUCCGAUUCCAACAGCGUCAUCAGGUCGUGCUCGUCCACAGUCAAUGAUCGUAAGCCCAAGGAGCGCCCCGCUGGAAAGCAAAGCCAAUGCGCCCACACGAGGCUCUCUGUCUUCCUCCGUUUCCGCGCAGCAGCAAACACUGUCACCGCCCGCCCCAGAUGCACGUUCAAGGAGGUCUGCACGGAGGUCUUCGAUUUCAGAUAUGGUUCAGCGGUAUGAAGCGAUCGGCGGAAGACCAGGACCGGGACCUCCUGCACCUGCUGCGAAACCAGCUGGACUUAGCGUUAAGGUAGCUUCCACCGGAGUAGGAGGAUCGACAGGGGGUGCCACUAGCACCGAUACCGGGCUAUCUUCACCUGCUAGUGCCGCUUCGAGGUUCCCAAGGUUGUCACCGACAAGUUCGCCUGUGCUGUCGAAAGCUAGUUUGGCUGUACCUGAUGAUUCCGAUCACGGUCAAGCCAUCACCCCUGCUGCUAUUCCGGUUCCUUCGCAGAAGGACGUAUUAUCAAGAGGCAGGGCGUCCCCUGCUCCUAGUCUAAGUGGCCUGCCUACGCGUGGAUCUGCCAGUUCAAGCUUCAUGAAGAAUCCUGAUAUACAUGCGGCCGCUGUCAACGGACUCCCAAGAGGCGCGUCACCAUUACAGAUUAGCAGGCCGUCUCCGGGGAUUACAUCUCAAGAGCCUGUACCGGCUUCUCCUACUAGGAAGGUCGUGACGCCGCCAGAAGAGCCUCGAUCGCCUUCUCCUGAGAAACCUUAUCAGGGCGUGUCGAAGUUGAUUGACCGGUGGCAACGUGCUGUUGAAGAGUCGGGGGAGAUUGGUGUGGGCAAGGGUGCGGGACCGAAGAGGGGGAGUUUGUCAGGGAGAGGACGGUAGUUUUGAUAGGGAUGCUGGGCGAUUUGGUUUCGUUGCGGGUCUGGAUACUUUUCAAUUGUGCAAAUUUACUAGAUACCACCAUUUCGAUACAUAUAUCUCUUGCAUGGAAUACGGUUGCAUUUAAUUUAAUAUUCAUGACGAUCACGAUUCACGACCAUUGUAACAAUGAGCGAACAAGUUGAUUGACUGAUUGAAGAAGGCCGGCUUCCAUGUCUCUACGAUUAUACAAACGAAUACACAUAUUUAAACUC